AUGCCUUUAUGGAGCUGCGAUUUUGGUCAUUGCCACCGACCUGCUGUGCGCACUAUCGGCGACUGCGUGCUCUGUAAUCGCCAUCUCUGUUCGAGCCAUUUGCGGCCUGGCAUUCACGACUGCCCUUGUUGGGAGGAUGCAGAUGCAUAUGACCCCGCCUCUCGGGAUGCGGAAGAGCGUGAGCUCACUGACCUGAUCAAAAAGGUCAACACGCGUGCCCUUGCGGCCCGUGCCAGCCAUCUACGCCAGGGCGUACCCUGUUCCACCCCUUUGCUCAAGUAUGACCGAGAGACGCGAAGCUCUGUCAUGGGCGGCAUGAAUUAUCACAUCGAAGUCCGCUUCGAAGACGGAGUCGUGUGGAUUGCCCGUAUCCGCAGAUUCAACGCCUCAUCGCCUCCUCCGGCACUACGAGACUACAUUAUCCAGAGCGAGGUCGCAACCCUCAUGUUUCUAAAGCACACCAAUGUUCCCGCACCGGAAGUAUACGAUUAUGCACUUGAGGGAGCACCUGGUAACACCGUGGGCGUUGGCUACAUUCUCAUGCAGAAAUUGCCUGGCAAGUCUCUGCGAUGGUCCAUCGCAACUCCGGAGCAGAGGGAGAACGUCAUGAGCCAGAUGGCGGAUAUAUUCAUCGAGCUUCACAAACACCCAUUUCCUCUUCUUGGCUCUCUUGACAGCCCCGGGACGUCUCACAUUGGCGCAUAUGCUCGAGAGUCACUCACAAACUUUGCGCAAUCUACAAUGUGCACCACGGGACCCUUCUCUUGUCCAAGAGAUUAUCACGUAGCCUCUAUACGGCUUAUACUAGAUCUGAUUACGAAGGAUGAAAUCUACUCCCAGCGAGCAGUGGACGCGUACCUCAUCCAUAGAUUUCUGCUGGACCUAGUCCCGCGGGUAUUGCCCUCCACACAGAGCAACACAUUCUAUCUAAAGCACGCAGACGACAAGGGAGAUCACAUCUUGGUAGACGAGAAGUUUAACAUCACGGGGAUUAUUGACUGGGAGUGGGCACAUACCGCCACGGCCGCAGACGCAUUCAACUCCCCCAUUGGCUUCUUACCAGUGGCGGAUUUCUACAAUGGCAAGAACAGCCUGGGCGAUGACGAGACAAUCUUUGCGCAACUGCUCGAGGCAAAGGGGCGGCAGGAUCUGGCGCAGAUUGUUCGCAAUGGCCGUUUGCAGCAUCGAUUUGCAUUCUGCUGCGGAUACGAUCUCGCUGACUGGGACGGGUUUCUGGGCCUGUUUCGAGGCCUUCGGGAAGCAGUGGCCGUGGACGAGGGCUUGGAGUGGAAUGAGUGGAAGGCUGUUGCGUUGGAUCGGUACAAGGAUGAUUCUGGGCUGCAGCUUGUGUUAUCCAAGCUCCAAGACGCUGCACCUAUAUAA